AUACUAGUCUGUAUAUAAACAAUUACUUGCCAGUGUUAUUAUACAUUCUUUCAUUUUGUGGACUUAGUUCUUGGUGAGAUUGAUUUUGACUAAUUAUUCUAAUAUCAGUUCAGUAAUCGAUCAGUUCAUUCUGUAUUAUCUUGGAGAUUAUUACUUUUACAUAAAAAAGGAACAUUAUUUCUGCAUGUGUAACAACAGUGAUUUAUCUUAAUUUAAACAGUGUUUGAAAUUACUAUUUUUCUUAUCGGUUACAAUGUCAAACAGGCGGUUAUUUGAUAACAGUUAGAUCAAAUCAAGAAGAUCCCAGAGUAUCAAGUCUGGGUUGUCAGUUGCGAAUUAGACUCCACACAGUUUACCGUCUCUUUUGGCAGUAUGCCGAAUAAAUAAAUAAUCGUUCAUUUAACCCGAGUUAAUACGCAAAAUUCAACAUGAUUGACCAACUUAAUGUUACUGCUGUUGCGAAGAACACAGGACACUCGUCGUGCAUCUUACAGGUGUUGGUCACCAUCUCCUUCCUAAUUGGAAUCAUUGGCAACUCCACAGCUUUAGUGAUCUUGUACAAAUCAGCUAAAACAAGAAACAGGAAGCACGUGCUGAUGCUCAGAUGGUUAGCUAUUAACGACUUGACGGCAGCUAUAGGGAUGAUGACAGUCACAAAUUUAAGAAGGUACGGAAUUGUACCGGAUUAUUGGACCUGCACAGCCUUAGUUAUAGUGCGUGGAUUUGGCCUGGGCUCAGGUGGGGUUGCCCUUAUUAUGGCCCUGGAAAGGUGGCUAGCCCUUACUAGGCCCUUUUUAUAUCAUAAGCUGGUUACCUACGAUGUUUUAAAGAGAACUUUGUGUUGCUUAUGGCUAGGAGUCCUCGCUUUGACAUACUUACCGCUUUUUGGCUUUGGUCUUUACUACGACGAUUCAAAAAAUAAAUGCACACGAUAUCGGUACGGUGCUGUUUUCAAAGACAUUGUCUAUGCCUGGUUCUUUUUUUCAGUUGGUGUCACCUUAUGUCUAGGCAUAGCUCUAUGUAAUAUAGCCGUGGUAUGCGAGCUGUCAAAGAUUAGAUCACAAAAUCGAGUGCUGGUAAGACGGAUUAGCAGGUCCUUGAUAGUUAACAACCGAGCUAGAGGUCCUAGGCAUCACCAAACGCCGGAAGAAGUAGCCUUUGCUAAGCUGAUGGCUUAUAUCUCUAUCAUUUUUGUUGUUUGUUGGGGACCACAGCUAAUAACCAUACCAAUCGCACAACUGGGAAUUACAUCAAAAGCAUCGAGUGUAUUUACCGGUAUAGCCGACAUGCUUAUGGCCGUGUAUUUGGCUUUGGACCCUUUCGUGUACGUUCUGCAGAGAUAUAUCGAGAAAGGGACUUUCGGGUUGACGUGGUGCUUUCUCAAAAGGCGGAAAUCAACCAGCAGUCUCCCUACCACUACGACCACUACAGGAGGUACACCCACUUCCGUGUUGAUCACAGCACCCACCUUCCCUAUACCUCCUAGCGCUUAAAGCUGAAUUUAUUCGUAUUAUUUAUUGCUUUACGUGGCUACCAAACUCAAAUAAAAUCCUAAGUAUGUUUUCGGUAUGUUAUACCGAUGCGAUGGAGGAACAAAAAAAAAUUACGAACAAUGUUACACCUUUUUUGGUCUUGUUUCAUCAAAACUCACAAGAUGCUUUCAAAAUGUAUUAUAUUUUCAGCAGGACUGAAUGUAAAUACAUCUGGUGUAUAUUUUACUGAAAUUAGGAUAGUAAGUGUGAAAGUACCAAAAAAUUUGUAAUAAGCUAAGUAGAUGUUGUGUUCAGCUAUUAAUAACAACUAUUAACAACAUUAAGAGUAUGUUAGCGUAUAUAAUGUGUGACUUCUUCAGCAUGUAUUUUUUGGACAUAAAAGACUUAUGUAACAAUAUUUAUUUUAAGUUAUCCGUCCUAUCAACCAAAGUAUUUGUUUGAGUAGUUUAAAGUACAAAGUAAAACAAAAACGGUGGAAAGAUAUUCAUUGAUUUUCUUCUUUCUUCGAAUGCACUGCAACGAAAACAUCAUGACCCAUAUAAAAACCGUCGGAAUUACGGAAUUGACCAAGUGUAACGAAAAAUAUUGCAUGUUUGUUAAAAAUUAAUCUUCAAGCGUUAACUACCAAAGGUUAACUGAAUAGCCUAAUGCGGCAACUAUAGAUUUCUUUUUAUAUUUCGUUUACGGAAAAUGAAACCAGGAAAAAAAUCUUUAUUAGGUUUUUUUUGGAAAAAGGAAAACUUUCUGAGCUUUAAGCUUCUAUCGAGUAUACAGUACAUCUUUCUAAGACUAACAGAAUUCUAUUUUCUGAGGUGAAAUUUCUAUCACUGCUUUAAUUUAUUAUUUAUAAUGGUUAGAAUUGGUAUUUCGUAACAGAUACUUUUGAAUUUUAGACCUAAAAAACGCCCAACUCUGCACAAUUAAUAUUAAUAAUUUAUUUCGGGUUUUAUUCAAAAAUUAUGAGUAUAAAUUGCUCGAUUCUGAUUUAUAUUUCGUGCUAAAAGCUCAUUUAUAUCAGAGAAAUCAAAUAGAUUGUGUAAUAGAAGUGACAAGUCUAGAUUAAGUACAAAUUUGAUAUAAAAUCGGGUAUUUUUAACUAGAUUAUCUCUUUUUUAAUAUUUAAAUUAAAAGAAAUUGUAUUGUAGGUCUAAAAUUUGAAAAGAAUUAAUACGAGACAAAAUAGGAAUCUAAUUGACCCAGUAUUUUGAAUGUGGUAGACUAUGAUUCGGUAUUGAAACUAAAACAAUUUCGGACUUUCAUUGUCUUUAUUUAUUUUGCUUACGCAGCGUCUCGCAACACAAUUUUUCUGCUGUAAAAUGUUGAGAGAUCUCAUCUAAAACCAAGUCAAUUUUAUUUAGUUUUAUGGGCGCCAAAUUUUUAUUAGCCUAGGGCGCAACUGUUCCCUAAAUGUGACAAAACUUUGCUCACUUGGUUGAUAACGGUCAGUGAUACUUGUAAAGACAAUGGAAGUCCAAAAUUCUUUUAGUUUGAAUUCAAAAGUACAUUAAUACAUAUUUUCACUCAUAUAGUCAUACGCUUUACCUGAUCUCUUUAAUUUUAGAUAAAAAUCAGUUAACAAUUUGCUUUUUUGGCAUCCAUUACUUUUAAAUAUUCAAAUAUAGUAAUAAACGAGUUAACUUCACGAAUACCAUUACUGCAAAAGUCUUUUUGUUAUGUAGAUAUACACUUGUUCACUCGCUAUAUAUGUAUUUUUAUUAAUAUUUUUUUGUAAUUUUAUAUUCUUGUUUUAAUAUUAUUAGAAAAAAAAUAGUAUUCAAAUAUAUGUGCUGUAAUCCAAAUAUAUCUUAGUGGUAUGUUUCUGACAAUAGACUGAUAUUUUUUUGUGAUAAAAACAAACACAUUUUAAUGUAUUAAUUGUAAAUUUACUAAAAUAAAAUAUGAAAUAUUA